AUGCCCUCCUAUGCCGAUAUUGACCUCAUUAACCUCGUAGGCCCUAGUGAGGUUGCCGUCGCGAGUCCCACAAGCACUGCACCCAUCACCGGCAGGAUGGUAGCCAAUCGCUGCAAGCCAGCCCAGCGAGACAGCUUCUCUGACCUCGCAGGCAUGAUGAAGGCGAAGAAGCCGUACACGCCAAUUCCCCCUCCUUCACCGAGGCCAUCAUUGUCAAUUGCUACCAACGGCAUGCAGUUCGCCAGCCGUGUGGGCAGCGGCAGCAGCAUCCUCUCACCAUUGGCGAGGCCGUAUCGUGCUGAUGGCUCAGUCGCAGCUUAUCUCCAGGAUCAGGCUCACUCACCUAACACUGCAGUGGCGUCGCCUUCCCCCGAGUACAGACAGAAGGACAUGCAGCGCCUUGAGUCGGUGCUUCAAGAGCUUGAGGACCUCCCAAUCGAUGACAACGACGACAACAACGCAACAGUUCAGCAGCGCAACCGCACGGUCGAGCCUCUGCUUCCAGGCUUCGAGCUCCCUGCAGCACUUCCCGUACGCACGGGACCGAUUUCUCCGCCUACACCAGCCGCGUCGACCAAGCCUGCGUUGCCGGAGGACCCCGUCGUGCGUGUUACCAUGCAUGUUUGGGACUCCAUGGGUAGAAACCUAGAGGCACUCAAGGAGGAGAAGCGGGCGCUGGAAACCAAGAUCGCGCGCCUCGAGAAGCCGAAGGCCACAUCCCAGGUUGACGACUACAAGGCCGAAUUAGAGACGCAGAUUGGUAAGCUCCAGUACCAAAACGAGAGCAACAAAGUCCAGAAGGCUACAAUGGCUCGAACUCUGUCGGAGAAGGACAUUCAGAUCAAGCAAUUGCAGCUGGACUUGGAGAGCGCUCGUGAGCGACUAGAGUCCGCAGCAAGCGCAGCCAAAGGCUACGACGAUGUCGUUGCAGAACGUGACUACCUCCAGGCUACCCUAAGAGAAGACAGGAUCGGCAACUCGCGUCUUCUCUCUGACUUGACCGAUGUCAAGAAAAGCGAAGUCGAGACCCUCUCAAGGAAGGUUGAAGACCUCCAGGAGGCACUCAGGCAAUCCAGGGAUACGGCAGCCAACAGCCACUCCAACACUGACGAGUAUAAGACCUUAGCGCAGAACCGUCUUCACCAGCUCAACCAGCGCGAGAAGCUACUUCGUUCUACCCAAGAGAAGUACGCAACCGAGCAUACCAAGGUCGGUGAGCUCGAAGACCACGUUGAAGACCUUCGGCGUAAGCUCAACCAGGUCGGCGACCUUCAGGAUUUGCUGCGCGAGAAGAGCAGCGAGUGUGACCGUUUCCGCGCCAAGCUCAAGAAUCAAGAGAAAACCGUUGAAGACUACAAGCAACGUACCUUACGUGCUUCCAACGACGGCAAAGCCCUCCGCGGUGCCGCGCACCUGGUCUUGCCCCAACCGAACACCAAGCUCUCCACCCUCGUCCUGGGCUGCUCCGAAUGCUACGCAAAGAACAUCACCUGUGAUAAUAAGGCUCGCUGCCGCCACUGCACGGAGAACAAUGAGAAAUGCUUCAGAUGGCGAUGCAGCCUUAAGCACAUCCUCGGUCAAUGUCCGAAUGUUCCAUGCAGCUUCCCUCAUGAGAGUGAUGGUUGGCUCUUACAGACUGACCCAAGGCCUCAAUGGUAG